AGGAUUUUUUAUAAAAAGGAAAGAAAAAAAAAAACAAAUUCAACGAUCCGAAGUGACUUCCCGUUUGUAUCUCUUUCCUCUCUCUGUGUGUGUUGUUGUGAUCGGGGAAAAGAAAAAGAAGAUGUUGGCGAUAUUCGAGAAAACGGUUGGGAAGAGUCCGGAGGCUCUACGGAGUCCGGAGGGUGGAUCGGUGUGCGCUCUCAAAGACGGGUUUUUGACGGAAAAAUUCGCCGCCGCUCACUCCGGCGCCGUUACCGUCAAUUUCGGAUCUUCAGGCCUCCUCUCUUACUCCCUCCACAACCCUAACCCUCUUCUUCCCAUAUUGUUCGCUGUGGUGGACGAUAUCUUCUGCGUAUUCAAAGGCCACAUUGAGAAUGUUGCAUUCCUUAAGCAACAAUACGGCCUUGGCAAAACAUCGACCGAGGUUUCCAUCGUGAUGGAAGCCUACAGAACCCUCAGAGACCGUGGUCCUUACCCCGCCGACCAAGUCGUUAGAGACCUUCACGGGAAAUUCUCGUUUACUCUCUUCGAUUUCUCCACCAAGACCGUCUUCCUCGCUGCGGACACGGAUGGGAGUGUUCCGUUCUUCUGGGGAACCGAUGCCGAAGGCCAUCUCGUUAUCUCCGAUGAUGUGGAGAUUGUGAAGAAAGGUUGCGGAAAAUCAUUUGCCCCAUUCCCUAAAGGGUGUUUCUUUACGUCGUCUGGAGGGUUGAGGAGCUACGAGCAUCCGAUGAAUGAGUUGAAGCCGGUCCCGAGGGUGGACAGCUCGGGCGAGGUUUGCGGUGCGAAUUUCAAAGUGGACUCGGAGGCCAAGAAAGAAUCGGCAAUGCCGAGGGUCGGCAGCGUCCAGAACUGGUCUCAACAAAUCUGAGGUAUUGAGGCUCCUCCUUCGGGGUUGUUGUUCAACAAGUUCCCUCUUAUAUACUUUUGGAUAAUGUUUGUUUCUAUCUACGCAAGCUGUAUUUGGUCGAAUAUGAAGGCUAAGAAUAAAAGAUUGUGAUUCGGUGCAUGCAUCAAUCAUGACA